GGACGUUUCCGUAGCAACCGGGGCCGGUCCGUCACUCGCAGCAGCAGUCGUAGUACCGCGACGCUCAUCGGAACAGUGGAGUGAUUAUCGUCGGGAACCCAGACCACCUCUGGCCUGUGGGCUCUAGAGACACGAGCGGCGACGCUGUAUCGAGGUGGCGGGCAGAUCCGUGAGGAGGAGAUGCUAAACAUGUGGAAAGUCCGGGAGCUUGUGGACAAAGCCACCAAUGUGGUAAUGAACUACUCAGAGAUCGAGUCGAAGGUCAGAGAAGCCACCAACGAUGACCCCUGGGGACCUUCUGGACAACUAAUGGGAGAGAUAGCCAAAUCUACAUUUAUGUAUGAACAGUUUCCAGAAGUAAUGAACAUGUUGUGGACCAGGAUGCUAAAGGACAACAAGAAGAACUGGAGACGAGUCUACAAGGCAUUAUUGCUGCUGGCUUAUCUAAUCAGGAACGGCUCUGAGAGAGUUGUAACAAGUUCCAGAGAACACAUUUAUGAUCUGCGGUCUCUAGAAAACUACAAUUUCAUAGAUGAGAACGGAAAGGAUCAGGGUAUCAAUGUGCGUCAGAAAGUAAAGGAGAUGGUGGAGUUUAUUCAGGACGAUGACAGGCUCAGAGAGGAGAGGAAGAAAGCCAAGAAGAACAAGGAUAAAUACAUUGGUGUCUCUUCUAACACUAUGGGAGGAGGAGGAGAAGAAGGAGGCAACUUCAAGAACUCUAAUGAACUGGAUCGAAGUAAAUGGGAUGAGGACUGGGACAAGAGCAGAGGCACCUUUCCCUUCAGUGAGAAGCUGGGAGAGAUCAGUGAUAAGAUAGGCAGCACGAUCGACGACACUCUAAAUAAGUUCAGGAAGAAGGAACGAGACGACUCGCCAGACAGAAACAGUGACAACGAGGAAGACCGAGCAUCAAGAAAUGGAAAGCAGGAAACGCAUGAAUUUAAAGAUGAAGAAGAAACCGUCACAACGAAGAGCAUCCAAAUCACACAAGCAACAGAAACCACCACCACCACCACACGGAAGCGCAGUGGAGCAGCAAGUAACAAGACUCUGGAUCUGGGGGCUGCAGCGCAUUAUACUGGAGACAAGAGUCCAGAGGAAAAGUCGUCUACCAGACAGUCUUCAAGCAGUGGUAUUGCUGACCUGCUAGAGAUUGACCCUUCAAAUCAGAGCGCUACUAAAGGAGAUAGUUCAGACCUCAUUGGUGGCUUUGCAGACUUUUCCUCCCCUGCAGCUUCUGCCAGCCUCCCAACCUCCACAGCUGCUACAUCAUCUAAUGGAAAUGGAGAGUUUGGGGACUGGAGUGCCUUUUCUGGAAAUCCCCCAGAUCCUUCCAGCUCCGGUCCUUCCCAGUCUGUCACUGACGUGUUUGGUAGCACCCAGGCAACCCCCGCCCAAGCUGCUAAGCGCGGCCCUGUUCCUCCGUCGGCUGAGCUCUUUGACCUUAUGGGUGGAAUUAACCAUCAACUAACCAACCCACAUACGACACUCAGUGCCUCUCAGAGCAUGACUUUCUCUCUGGGAGCUGUGGCACCAGGAGCAUCGGUUGCUAUGCCCACCAUGCCUCUUUCUCGAUCACAGCAGAAUUUAGGAGGUAUGACAUCCCAUCAGCCAACGGGACAACAGCAGAAGGUUGGGGUUGGAGGUCAGGGAUCACUAGGGUCAACGUGGUCCGACCCUUCUGUCAACAUUAGCCUGGAUUUUCUGUCAGCGGGCCUCAACCCCACUAAAGCACCACCUACUCUCAACAAUAUCAUCCAACAACAAGGUGUGCCUCCUAUCAACUUGUUGGCCCAGAACUUUGGAGGACUGAACCUCAGCCCCUCACCCAAUGUAACACCCAUAAGACCAUCCAGUUCCAUGUUGGCAGGUAAUUCCAUGACGAUGGGAAUGCCGGCGUCGAUGGCGACGGGCAUGCCUGCUUCCCUGCCUGCAGGUAUGCCCACUUCGAUGGCGACAGGUUUACAGGGUGCAGUUCCUGUAAACCAAGCUCUGAUGGGAAUGAACAUGAGCAUGAAUAUGGGGAUGGCCAGCCCGGUUAUGAUGGGCGGCAUGGCAGGCAUGGGGAUGUCAGGAGUAGGAAUGGGCCUAACUCACUCCAUCACCCCAGCUGUUGUCCAACCCAAGCAAGAUGCCUUCACUAACUUUGGCAAUUUUGGGAAAUGAAAAUUUCCAGCGGUGUUGAUAUCUUCUGUAUGUGUGGAGGGCAUGUUAGACAAUGUGAGAGUGUGAACGAUUAAAGGACUGCUGUACUUGAAGACAACCUUUGCAUGUUUUGCUGUUUGCUGCUCACUUUGGAGAGCUGGCAUCAGUGUAUGUUCACUUUCCCAAUCAUAAUCACGGAGUUAGUGCAGCAACACUAAAGCUCCUCACAAACUGGUUAUCUGUUGUGUGAAAUACUCAGAAGAAGACAGGAGUUCUGGAAAGGCAUUGAGAACGCCUCAAGCCACCAUUUCUAUGUCAGGAAAAUGAACUUUACCCUUAAAUAUUUUGUAGAACAGAAAAAAACUUCCCUGAGUUUAGUUUGUCAAACCGCACAAAUGAUUACGUCGCCACAGUGAAAUCAAACAAAAUAGGACUGCUGCCUUCAUUUUCCAUGUCCUCACUUUUUUUGACCAAAUUCAACCAGAAAAAUGACACAAUUCCAUUCAAACCAUUAUUGACUCCGUUACAAUGUGUAGAUACUGGUCUUUCAGAAAAGGGGUUUAAACACUUCUAGAUAAAUUAACUUUUCCUUUGCCUGUUUUUGUCCAGUUAUAUCAUUUCCCAGAAUGUUCUGUCAAAAAAACACACAAACAAAGACAUUUCAAAUUCAGUAGCUCUUUACAACUAACAACUACUGUUUGAAAAGCUGUCCUCUGCUCUUCAGUGUGAUUGGAUUUACAAGAUUUUUUUCUGGGUUAGUAUUUUAUUCAAAUCACUAUUACCUUGUGUUUCUUUAUUAAAUCUGGGACAAUCAUACCAAUAAAUAAAUGUGACUAGAAAGUGAAGCAAUUCUUCAUUUGUCCAAUGGUUCUGUAAUGGGUUUUAGGCGAAUACACUGCAAAAAUAAAUGCAAAACUGGAGUGUUUUCCUAAAGACGAUGAAAGAAACAGAUACAUUCUCCAUGAAGGAAAACAGCAAUUUCCUUUUUAUGUUUACAGCAGUGAUUUAAAAAAAAACAUCAUUCUUUUAUUUUUACGAGUAAAUGUCUAUUCUGUCUCUAUAGAUUUUAUAACAGUGCUUCCCAAACUCCUUUUUUAAGUCAUUCCUUCCACAUUUGAUAGAUUUGUAGGAAAUAAAAAAGGUUCUGUCCGGAUCCAUUUCAGCUAAGGUUUCUUGUGGGAGCUCCGAGUGAUUUUGAGGUUUCUGGAUGAAGUUUGUGUCUUAAAUGAGUGAGUGUGUGACUUUGUAUAUGGGCAUAGAUUUGUUUUUUGUUUUUUCAGCUUGACGUGCUAACACAGAAAAGUGGAGCCUCUCUUCAUUUUCUGAGGCACUGCUCUUCAAAAGACCAAAUCUUUAUUUUGUUUCCUCUUUGAAAAAACAAUUUCUGCAACUCUUUCUUUAAUAUUUUAUUUAAGGUGAAGAUUUUGUUCAUAUGGGACAAUUACAGCUAAUGUAGUUCACUUAAAUUCUAUUUUAUUUUCUCUUCAGUGGAAAAAGAAUAUUCGAUUGUAAUCUAUAUUUUCUGCUCUUACUUUAACAUGAAAUUAAAUUAUAACAUUCAAAAAUCA